ACUACUUACUGCUAAAAACAUUGAAUCGUGGUUAAACGCGAAUGAAAAAAAAAAUUCUUCAUUAAAUUAAGUUUUAUAGCCUGUUGUUAUUACUGAUCAAUCAGUAUGCCUAUUUCUAAAAGAAAUAAACAAGUGGAGCUUUCAAAAACUAAAAAACAAGGAUUGGAAAGAAAAAAGAAAUUGCAUGAAGAGAUACGCUCCUCUGUGGAUAAAUAUGAACACAUUUUUGUGUUUUCAGUGACUGAUAUGAGGAAUGCAAAAAUGAAAACUGUUCGAGAACAGUGGAGACACAGCAGAUUCUUUAUUGGAAAGAACAAAGUAAUGGCUUACGCCUUGGGGAGAACUCUAGAAGACGAGUAUCAGCCAAAUCUUCACAAAGUCAGCCAGAUGUUACAAGGUCAAUGUGGCCUGCUGUUUUCCAACCAGCCAGUUGACGAAGUGCUACGUUGGUUUACUUCUUACUCUGAAGGAGUUUAUGCUCGUUCUGGAAAUAUUGCCACUGACGAUGUUAUUUUAAAAGAAGGGCCUUUAUCGCAAUUCCCUCACAGCUUGGAACCUGAACUUAGACGACUUGGUUUACCAACCACAUUGACAAAAGGAAUUGUUCACCUGGUUAAAGAUCACGAAGUAUGUAAAGUAGGUGAUUCUUUGACUCCUGAAGCAGCCAAAAUUCUU